AUGAGCCUGAUGCUGGAGCCGCUGCUGGGCCCCCCGGGGGGGCUCCGCAAGGACCCCCCCCGCGCUCCCCCGCGCUCCGCCGCCUCCAGCGGUUUCCACUCGUGGCCGGGCCCGGUGGGACGCGCUCGGGGCGCGGGGGGCGGCAGCGCGGCCGCCUCCUCCACCGAGAGCCUGGACUCGCUGAACGGCGAACCGCGGGCGCGGAACGAGAAGGAACUGCUGCAGACGCUGAACGACCGUUUCGCCGGUUACAUCGAGCGGGUGCGGGCGCUGGAGCAGCAGAACCGGGCGCUGGCGGCGGAGGCGGCGGCGCUGCGGCAGCAGCAGGAGGGGCGCUCGGCUAUGGGCGAGUUGUACGCGCGGGAGUUGCGCGAUAUGCGGAGCACCGUCCUGCGCUUGGGCGCCGAGAAGGGGCAGCUGCGGCUGGAACGGGCGCGCCUGACCGAGGACGUGGCCGCGCUCCGGGAGCGGCUGGAGGGGGAGAGCCGGCAGCGAAACGAGCUGGAGGCGGUGACCCGCGGGUUGGCCCAGCGCUCCGCGCAGGCGGAACGGGCGCGGGGGCCGCUGGAGGAGCGAGCCCGAGCGCUGCGGGAGGAGGCUGAGCUGCUGCGGCGGCAGCACCGGGCCGAGGUGGGUGCGCUGCUACGCGCCCGGGCCGAGCCCCCCGCUGAGCCCCCCGCCGCCCUCCGCCCCGGUGUCACCGCCGCCCUCCGCGACCUGCGCGCCCAGCUGGAGGGCACGGCGGUGCGCAGCACGCUGCAGGCCGAGGAGUGGUUCCGCGUGAGGCUGGACAAGCUCUCGGAGGUUGCCAAGGUGAACACGGACGCCAUCCGCUUGGCCCAGGAGGAGAUCUGCGAGUACCGCCGCCAGCUCCAGUCCAAGACCACCGAGCUCGAAGCCCUCAAAGGGACCCAGGAGUCACUGGAGAGGCAGAGACAGGACUCGGAGGAGCGCCAUCACGCAGAUGUCCUGUCCUACCAGGAAACCAUCCAGCAGCUUGACAGCGAGCUGAGGAACACCAAGUGGGAGAUGGCAGCUCAGCUCCGGGAGUACCAGGAUCUGCUCAACGUCAAAAUGGCUCUGGACAUUGAAAUUGCUGCCUAUAGAAAGCUCUUGGAAGGGGAGGAAUAUCGGAUCGAGACUGGUUAUGGGAUGAUCUCCUUCCCUGAGGUGGUUCCCAAGGCUCCCAGCAUCCCCACCAACAUCAAGGUGAAGAGCGAGGAGAAGAUCAAGGUGGUGGAAAAGUCUGAGAAGGAGACCGUGAUCGUGGAGGAGCAGACAGAGGAAAUCCAGGUGACUGAGGAGGUCACAGAGGAGGAUGAGGCUGAGAAAGCGGCUGAAGAGGAGAAAGCUGAAGAGGAGGAGGAAGAAGAGGAGAAAGCUGAAGAGGAGGCGGAAGAAGAGGAGAAAGCUGAAGCAGAGGGCGAAGAGGAGGCCAAAUCUCCUGCAAAAGAGGAGGCCAAGUCCCCAGAGAAACCCAAGUCCCCCUCAAAGGAGGAGGCCAAGACUCCGGCUGUCAAGUCCCCUGAAAAGCCCCCAAGCCCCUCAAAGGAGGAGGCCAAGAGCCCGACUGUCAAGUCCCCAGAGAAACCUGCACCCCCCUUGAAAGAGGAGGCCAAGAGCCCGGCUGUCAAGUCCCCAGAGAAACCCCCAAGCCCCUCAAAGGAGGAGGCCAAGACUCCGGCUGUCAAAUCCCCUGAAAAGCCCCCAACCCCCUCGAAAGAGGAGGCCAAGACCCCGACCGUGAAGUCCCCGGAGAAACCCGCAACCCCCUCGAAAGAGGAGGCCAAGACCUCAGCAGUGAAGUCCCCAGAGAAACCCUCAACCCCCUCCAAAGAGGAGGCCAAGACCCCGACCGUGAAGUCCCCAGAGAAACCUGCACCCCCCUCGAAAGAGGAGGCCAAGACCUCAGCAGUGAAGUCCCCAGAAAAGCCCCCAACCCCCUCGAAAGAGGAGGCCAAGACCCCGACCGUGAAGUCCCCGGAGAAGCCCCCAACCCCCUCAAAGGAGGAGGCCAAGACCCCGACCGUGAAGUCCCCAGAGAAGCCCCCAACCCCCUCAAAGGAGGAGGCCAAGAGCCCGACCGUGAAGCCCCCCGAGAAAGCCAAAUCUCCUGUGAAGGAGGCGGCCAAGUCUCCGCAGAAAGAAGUGGCCCCAGCCAAGGAGCCCACCCCCUCCCCUCCGAAGGAGCCGAAAGCCCCUGCGAAGGAAGAGGCAAAGGCUCCCUCCAAGCCCGGAGCCGAGGAGGGCAGGAAAGAGGACGCUCCCAAGAAGGAUGUCGCAGCCAAGGUGGAGCCCAAAGAGAAGGCAGCUGCGGUGCCGGAGCCUCCGGCCCCGCCGGUGAAGGAGACCACCAAGCCAGGUGCCAAACCUGCGGAAGAAGGAAAAGCCGAGAAGGAGACUCCACCAAAACCUCAGCAGGAGGUCGGCAAAGCGGCUGCGAAGGAGACUGAGAAGCCAAAGGCUGAGGAGAAGGUGGAGAAGCCAAAGGCUGAGGAGAAGGUGGAGAAGCCAAAGGCUGAGGAGAAGGUGGAGGAGCCCAAGAAGGAGAAGGUGGAGGAGCCCAAAGCUAAAGCGAAACCCAAAGAUGACCCCAAAGCCAGUACGGAGCCCCCCAAGGCCGAGGCGCCUAAAGAGGCCCCCUCCAGCAAGGAGGGCAAAGCCCCGGAGCCGGCACCCGCCCCGGGAAAGAAGUGA